AUGACUUUGGAUCAUUUGCGCAGCGGAGUAGAUGUACCAUUUUAUAAAUCUCUUAUAGCAGGAUCUCUUUCUGGUAUCGUGGCUAGAACUUUUACUGCACCACUAGAUGUGAUUAAAAUACAUUACCAAUUACUACCUCGAAAUAUUGCAACUAAAAAAACUACAAGAUCCACUCUGCAUGGGAAUAAUGACAUCAAACUAUUUAAUAUAAUCAAAAAAAUAUAUAAAGCGGAAAAUAGUAUAAAAGGGUUCUUUAAGGGCAAUGUUCCUGGUCUAUUGAUGUACAUGGUGUAUGGAAGUGUUCAAUUUUCUUCGUAUUCAUAUUUUAAUAGUCAUCUUUCGAUAUUCACCAAAAAUGAGGCUUUACAUAGUUUUAUAGUGGGUGGUUUAAGCGGGAUUUGUUCAAGUGUAGUUUCUUAUCCCUUGGAUAUCUUGAGGACAAGAUUCAUAGCAUUUCAAAAGCAUGUACCCACAACAAACCAUAUUAGUACUGUUAGUAGGACAAAUAAUAAUCGAAUGUUUGAUGUUGUCAAGGAGAUAUGGCUGCAUGAAAAUAAAUUCAAUGGGUUAUUUAAAGGGUGUACCAGUUCUAUAGUGACAUUGACUUUGAACAGUUCUAUUAUUUUUUCGGUUUAUGAAUCAAUAAAUGUAUUUUGCGAGAACUAUAGUAAUAGCAAGAAUAACGAGAAUACAUAUAUUAUGUUGUUGAGACAGUUCAGUAGUACUAUAGCUGGUAUAACCGCAAAAUCAGUUACAUUUCCACUGGACACAAUUAGAAGGCGAAUACAGAUUAUGACUUCGAGAAAUAUUACAGAAUUAACUGAAUCGCCACAGGUGUAUAAAGAGUACCAUAAGAAAAAAAAGUUUAUUUCCAUUGGCUACCAUAUAUAUCGGAAAGAAGGUAUUAAAACUUUAUAUCAAGGGUUAUAUAUUGCGUUAUUAAAAAGUGCGCCAACAACUGUAAUUAGUCUAUAUGUGUAUGAACGGGUACUAAACAUUUUGAGAUGA